AUGAAUUCAUUAGAUGAUGUUUAUUAUGAUAGACAAAUGCUUCUUGAAUUACCAUGUCGACAUCGUGAUAUGAGUGUGGAAAUUAUGAAUAAUUAUGAGAUAAAUGAAAGAACAAUGCGUUAUUUACAAAUUCGUCGAUGCUCAUCAUGUCGAUUGCGUCGUUGUUUUGAUCUGGGAAUGAAAGAAGAAUUAGUUCGAACAGAUGAAGAAAAUGAACGAUAUAGACAGCUUCUUGAUGUAAAUCGUCGACAACGAAAAUUAUUAACACAACAAAUACGAGAAAUAAAAGAAUUAUCAAUUCCUCAGGAUUACUUCUAUGUUGCUUUAUAUUUUCUUUUGCAGUAUAUGGUAGAUAAUAUUGAUCUAUCAGCAGAAAUAGAUUGGCGUCAUUUAUCAAAUAUUGUUUAUGCUUAUGAGUCAUGUUGUAUUAAAACUUAUCUUCGACAACGUUCUACAGUUAUUUUCAAUAGAACACCACAAUCACCAGAUGAACAAUCAUACAAUAUUUAUCCAACAACUAUAACAAUGAGCAUAGUUCUGGCAGUUUCUUCAUUUCUUAAAACAUUACCAGCUUAUUAUUCUCUUCCUCGUUCGACUCGAAACUAUCUAUGUAAAACUAAUAUUCGACCAUUAAUCUUUCCUAAUCUUCAUGAACUUAAUCAAUCAUGUUAUGCUGAACCAUGGCAGGUGAAUGCUUAUAAUAAAACAUGGCAAUUAAUUUGUGGUAUACAAUUAUAUGAAGAAUUUAAUAGAGCUGAAAAGAUGGCUGAGAAAUCAUGGAUAACUGAUCCAAUAGUGACACGUUUAUUUGUUGUUAUAUUAUUCUUCUCUACUCCUCUUCAUUAUCAUGAUGACUCUUCAACACCAACAAAAAUCCUCAAGAAAAAACAAGCUAUUUUUCAAGCUCAAAGUGCUUAUAUAACACUCCUAUGGAAAUAUUUAACACAUCGUUAUGGCUCAGUAGGAUCAAUUCGAAUUUAUCUAAAUCUCGUUCAUGUUUAUAUGAAAAUGCAACAAGUUGGAUAUGGUAUGUAUAUGCAAUUGACAACACAAAAAGAUUUAAUUCCAACACAUGAAACUCUAAGCAAACUGGUUACACUUGAUAUUAAUGAUAUGCAAUAG